AUGUCGCCUGAAAAGUCAGCAACAACAAAUUUCUGCUCUCCUAAUUCAGAACGCUCUAAGAUACCUGGUUCCAAGUUUCAUCAGCGAUAUGUGAUACUAACAGCUGCACUCUUACUGUCAUUGCUUUAUCAUUGGUCUGGAGGACUAAAACACAUCGUUCCAUUAGCGGAUCAGCAUGCAGCGGAAGAAGCUACGCUUAACGCUGUCUUCGACUGGGAAACUCUGGAACCCUCGACAUCACUGCAAUACACGCCUUGUUACGAGACUUAUCAAUGCGCUCGCUUGAUCUUGCCAAUGGACUAUUGGAAUGGUACAACCAAUGCCACAGUCGCUCUUGCUCUGGUGAGAAAGCCAGCCGUUGUGCCCGUCACCGAUCCAAAGUAUGGUGGUGCUGUCAUUUUGAAUCCUGGUGGACCUGGAGCACGAGGUGUUAAUUUCAUGCUCAGGGUUGGAGAGCAAAUAAGUAGUCUGAUUGAUGCACCCAAAGAUGACCACGAUGGAAAGCAUUUUGACCUGAUCUCUUACGAUCCAAGAGGAAUCGGCCUCUCGACACCUAAGCUUGCAUGCUUUGGAGGAAAUUCAAUCAUGGAACAAGUUUGGACCAUUCGCGAUUGGGAGCUGGGAACUCUAAACGCUUCUGACGUCGCAUUUGGUCGUAUGUGGGCUAUGUCUAAAGCANAAGGAGAGAGUUGUGCUACCGCCAUCGAGAACUCUGAUAUCAAGCGAUAUGCCACAACUGCCUACGUCGCACGUGACGUACUGGAGAUCAUUGAGAAGCAUGGCGAAUGGAGGGAAGAAGAAGCAACAAGACUCACAAAAAUUCACUACCAGAAGACUCACGAAGUUCUUGACACAAGUCACCUCAGUCACCGUCCCGGGCAGGAAAAGCUUCUUUACUGGGGCGUCAGCUAUGGAACAUACAUCGGGAGCACAUUCGCAUCGAUGUUCCCUGAUAGAGUUGGGCGUCUUGUACUUGAUGGUGUGGUAGACACGAUCGACAACCGCCAAGGUGCUUGGUAUUCAGAUUUGGUCGAUACAGAGAAGACCAUGGGUUCAUUCUACCAAUACUGCGCUGAUGCAGGUUACCCUGCUUGCGCUAUGGCGAACCCGAACAACAACACCGAACCGGCACAGGUUGAGCAGAGGACCCUUGCCGUAAUCGAGAGACUCCGCUACGACCCUGUGGCGGUCAUCGGUCCGAGUCCGGAAGUCAUCACUGCCCAUGACCUCCGAAUGCUGAUAUUCCAGAGUCUGUACAAGCCUGUGCGGAUGUUUCCAACCCUGGCCAACACUAUUGCCGAACUCGAAAAGGGCGACGGAAGCAAUUCUGCGCAGAUGUUGAAGCCUUACCAUUCGCUGAGUUGUCGAACAACCUCCGUUGAUCCAGUGUUCGAUAUCGAUGCUGAGAUAGCAAUUUUGUGUACCGAUGCCGACGACCAAACCUCGACAAAUCGAACCGGGUUUGCAGGCUUCGUCGAAAAGUUGAUGGAUGUCUCACCGACUAUCGGCGAUAUAUGGGCAGCCACUAGGAUGCAAUGUAUUCACUACCCUCUGCGCGCGCAGUAUCGCUACAACGGGCCGUGGAAAGCUUCCACCAGUCAUCCAAUCCUGUUCAUCGGUAACACAAAAGACCCUGUUACACCAUCAAUCAAUGCCUUUAAGAUGGCGGAACGUCUGAAGAAUAGCGGAGUAUUGAUUCAAAACUCCGCGGGCCAUUGUUCGUUGGCCGCGUAUAGCGAGUGCACUACCAAACAUGUCCGCCAGUACUUCCAGACGGGAGAACUGCCACCAGCUAACACGAUUUGCCAGCCGGACGAGAUACCGUUUGCUCUUGGCAAAGAUGCGAUAAGGACAGCUGCUCAUUCAUCACAUAUGGAUAUCGCAGAUGCUUUCAGCGAGUUUGGGUUAGGAAUACGUGUGCCAGUAAAUCGAAUGAGUUUGGAGUAG